GGGGAGGUGGCAUACGACGCCUGCGCAGUGUGAUAGGGAUGGCGUAUUUUCUUACACCGAGUAUUGCGGCGUUGCUGGCCGCUGAGGAGGGCGGAGAUUUCUGUGUGAAAUAGGGGGAGGGCUCCAAGAAAGCUUCAGGAAGAGCGGCAGUCUGAACAAUAAAGUGGGAAAUUGGCGUGGGUACUGCUAGUCUCGUUUCGGCGGCUUCAAGUCUGAGAUCAUCGUGGAACCGUCAACUUUGAAAUUAAUAAAACAUGGAGAAAACUAAAGAGAAAGCUGAAAGAAUUCUUCUAGAGCCUUAUAAGUACUUACUUCAAUUACCAGGUAAACAGGUGAGAACCAAACUUUCACAGGCAUUUAAUCACUGGCUGAAAGUUCCAGAAGACAAGCUACAGAUUAUCAUUGAAGUGACUGAAAUGUUGCAUAAUGCCAGUUUACUCAUUGAUGAUAUUGAAGACAGUUCAAAGCUCCGACGUGGUUUUCCAGUUGCUCACAGCAUCUAUGGUGUCCCAUCUGUCAUUAACUCUGCCAAUUAUGUCUACUUCCUUGGCCUGGAAAAAGUCUUAACACUUGAUCACCCAGAUGCAGUGAAGCUUUUCACACGACAGCUUUUGGAACUUCAUCAGGGACAGGGCCUAGAUAUUUACUGGAGAGAUACCUACACUUGUCCGACUGAAGAAGAAUAUAAAGCCAUGGUGUUGCAGAAGACAGGUGGUUUGUUUGGAUUAGCCGUAGGUCUCAUGCAGCUGUUCUCUGACUACAAAGAAGAUCUAAAGCCACUGCUGGACACACUUGGGCUCUUUUUCCAGAUUAGAGAUGAUUACGCCAAUCUACACUCCAAAGAAUACAGUGAAAACAAAAGUUUCUGUGAAGACCUGACAGAAGGAAAGUUCUCAUUUCCUACUAUUCAUGCCAUUUGGUCAAGGCCAGAAAGCACCCAGGUUUUACUAUGCAAUUCUAGCUGGCCUAGAACUCCAGGAUCUAUUAGCCUGGCUUCUGCCUCUUCCAGUGCUAGAAUCAAAUGUGUGUCCUACCAUGAUGCCUGGCAAAGACUGUGUAAGUCAAUUUAUUUCCUUGCCUAAUUAAAUUAAUUUUGGCCUGGUGCUAACUCAUAAUUCUUUUGUUGUUCUUUUCUUGCCUUUGUUGGUAACAAGAAUGUUUAACAGUGAGUUGAGAACCUUUUUAGAGUCAUUUUGUCUUUCCAGUAAUCAAAAUCUCAUUCUUUAUUUGCUUGUGGUCCCAAAUGUUAAUUCAGAAAAGACCCAGGAGGCUGGAGAGAUGGCUCAGAGGUUAAGAGCACUGGCUGCUCUUCCAGAGGUCCUAGUUCAGUUUCCAGUACCCACAGCUCACACCUGUCUGUAACUCCAGUUCCAGAGGAUCUGAUACCCUCACAUAGACAUACAUGGAAGCAAAACACCACAUUUAAAAAAACGAAAAGAAGUAUCUGAAGAGACCCAGAACAUGGGUAGCUUAGUUAAGUUAAUAACAUGACUUUAUUUGCUUAGAUUUGUGCUACAGUAAUGCUUUUCCUGCCUAAGAAAGUCUUGAGAUAACCUCUUAGAGAAAUGUUGGAUUUUGCUGUGUCAGAGACAUACUUUUUAAACUGUAAAUUUUAUAAUUUAUGCAGUUUCAGAAGAACAUUAAUUUUUUUAUAUCAAAACUGCGAGAAUAAAGGUCAGUUGUAUUGCCAUAAAUCUCUUGACUCAGCAAAGCGUUAUUUCAUUGAGUUGAAGUCUGGCUUUGUUGUCUAAACUGUUGUUGACCUCAUCAUCUUCCUUCAGCCUUUUGCUUCCUGUGCCAGCCAGUGCUGCCAGGGAAUGUUUUCCUGGCUGCUGUUGUGGCCACUGCUGCUUGUUUAGCAACCUCCUAUCCUGGGUAACCUGUAUUGUUUGUCUCUUCUUUCUUUCCUAGCAGAAGAGGAGUCCUCACCUAGCAAUCUAAUGUCCUUUAUUAUAUUUUUCCAUUCUCCACCUAUCACAUGUGGAGUCUCCUAACUUUCUUCAAAUUAUUUACUUCAAAUCUGCCUUCAAGUAGUCUUCCUUUUACUUCCAAAAAUGUAAGCCAUAUGAGGUGGCACAUGCCUGUAGUCUUAGUACUUAGGGGCAAUAGAGAUCAAAAGUUGAGGGUCCUUAUUGGCUACAUAGUGGGCUGGGACUAGCCUGGAUUUUGUUUGAGUUUACCCUGCAGCCCUAGGCCAAAGUAGCUCUUGAGCUCUAGAGGCCUUGUAAUAUCCCAGGCUAUAAUUCUCAGGGAUCCUAGAGCUCAUUGUAAGCUAUGUGCUAAGAGAAAAGGGAAAGACGUGUGUAUUUAUACAGCUUUAAUCCCAGCACUCAAGUGGCAGAGGCAGGCAGAUCUCUUAUCACCUGGUAUACAUACAGUUCCAGGCAAGACAAGGCAACAUAAUGAGGUCAGGGUCUCUCUCUCUCUCUCUCUCUCUCUCUCUCUCUCUCUCUCUCUCUCUC